AUGGUGCGUCGGGGUAUCUUCACCAUAUCUCCUUCUGCCAAGAAGAACAAGGAAAGUCCUUCUCGGAACAACAACAAUAAUAAUAACAACAGCAACAACAAGCAGUCCAACAAGGGACGCCAAAAUCUGACCAGCAAUGUUCGUCCACCAGACUGGAAACACCACCACCAGCAUUCACAGCAUCGUUGGGAAGAUGACAAGCAAGAAAUGGUAUCCGAUGAUUCAGUGCCACCGGCUCCACCAGAUCAAAAGAGUACAGAUAGCAAGAGCAGGAAUAGUGGAAAAGGUUGGAACAAGCAGCAACAACAGCAACAACAACAACCACCCAUGGCUCGCGUCAAGGUCAGUACCAAGGCAAACUCCCCGGCCCAUUCCACAGCCACAUGGGAUCCCAUGACGGAAAUCCCCAAGGGAAGUGUCCAACAAAACCCAUUCUUGGCCAAGAACAGCAGCAGCAGCAGCAAGUUGGAUGAAAACAACCGUCCCGUCAUGUCCCAAGCUCAAGCCCUAAGUGUCACACAAGAACGAGCGAAACGAUUGCAGGCCAUGGAAUCACAAAUGAGUGGACAACAACAGCAGACUCCCACGCCCAGCAAACGGGGUCCUCGUGGCUUUUUUGGACGCAGCAAUAGUAAAAGCAUGAGCAUUGCCAACGAAUCCCCCAAGUCCAUCUACUCGGCAAUCGAUGACAAGCAAGGAAAGAAGAAAAAGGGACUCCUCAAGUCCUUCUUUGGGGGUGGCAGUAAGCACAGCAAGCACCACAAACUGCAGCAACAGCAACAGCCGCCACAACCGCCACAGCGGGUCCCGUCAUCUCCCCAGCCUCCAUCAUCGCCCAUUGUCUUGGAGAUGGAGUCUCCGGCUACAUUUACCGUGGGGGACGUUAUCGAUUCUCCCGGGCGCUUGUCUGUCAACAAAAUGAAAGAACGUUUCGAGACAACCAGCAGUCAGGCCAGUCAAAGCACUUCUCGCAACAGCAAGAACAAGUCCAAACCACUCAUCACGACAAAGUUAUCGGAGUCCAAUCCAGAAGCAUUUGAAUCCAGUUUGUUGGAGUUGGCCACCAUUGAUCAACCGGCACAACAAAAGACGCCCACGUACUUUUCCAACCACCACCAUAGACCGCGGAGAGAGUCGGCAGAGGAUGAUUGCGAUGACACCACGGUCAGCAACUUGACCAAUCCAACGUACUUUCAGACGCUUGACCCCAAGUCGUGGGCAACAAUGACCAUGGAGGAGGUCGCACAACAGCAUCAUAUACCCAAGAGCCCCAGCACUCCUGAUCCCAAAAUUCAAAAGAUUGACGAGGAAGGACCCUCGUCGCCGGAUAUGGGUGACUUCUUCAUGGCGGACAAGGCUUCCAUGGAUUCGUGGGAAAAGAAUGAUACCUUUUCCGAUCCGUUCUUUGCAAAGUCUUCCAAUAAAAAGAAACCCUUUCCCAAAUCAUCAGAGGAGCUCUUUGGGGGUGCCAGCACGGACGACGAUGCCACGGCGCUGUUUGGAAAGGACACUGCCUUUCCGACCUUUGAAGACGAGAUGAAGACGGAUGACUUCCAGACAAUGGCCAAACCCGACGGAAUGGACACGACACCGUCGCGACCACCAAGACCAGCGGCUGCUCAGCCCAUGUCUCCCAAGGUCACGUCUCCGACACCAGAAGCUCGAGGUCGAGUCCCAACGACGGAAUCACCGUCUACAAAACUUACGAGGCAGACGCUUCGGUCCAUGUCGCCAUCGGCUAGACGCAAACUUCGAUCACGGUCGCCUUCCAAUGUGCCAUCCGUCAAGCCUCUGCCACCGACAACAAAUGUAGUUCAACAAGCAAAGGCUCAAUUUGAAUCCAACAAGAAACCUCCUGCUCCGAGUUCUCUCGUGUCGCCCAGUAGUACAAUGAAGAAGGCGCCGACAACGGUCCCGCACAAAGAAAGUGUGACCUCUCCUGCUCCAGAAGAGGGAAAAGCCAGUCAACCUGGGAAUGUCCGAUCAGUGCGAAGGAACCGUUCCAUCCGCAAGUCCAUGAGCAAUCGGUCCAUCACAAGGCAAGUCUCUAGUAGCAGCACCUCAAAAGAUGAAGAGCCGGAGGUGGAACACAAAGCUCCGAACCGCGCUGCAGAGACCAACAACAGGACGAGCGCAAAUCAACAGAAUACAUACAAUGCACGUAAACGUGAUCAGGAAAUUGAAGACAAGCUGGCAAAAGCAAAGGCUGUUGUGAAGAAAAGCGAAAACAGAUUACGCAGCAGCAGCCGAAACUCGCGCGUUACAUCCUCUCCAGCUAGAAGCAUAUCAGCAAGCAGCAAACAGGCUCAGAAGCACCAAGUGAAGCACAAGGAAACUGAAGACAAUGCUGUUCCCUCGAAAGCUAUUGCUAGUGGCAGCCACAAUCCUCGCACAGCUUCGGCUCCAGUGAGGAGGAUAUCAGCGAACAAGCUUCCCAAUCAUCAAGGGGCCCAGGAAGUUGAAGAAAAGGCGGCAGAUGGCGGAAACCAAAACCCUCGUACCACCUCGUCGCCAGCAAGGAGGCUAGCAUCGAGUAAGCUACCGCAACGGUAUCAAGCAAAGUACAAGAAGGAAGCGAGAACCAACACGGCAGAUGCUCAAGAGGCUCCGAAAAAGAAAAAUUCGCCUGCACUGACCAUAAAUGAGUCCAAUUCUGACGAUGUGUCGACUCUGCAUGUAUUGGCAACCUCACCAACCAGGCGAACCAGACCCAAACCAAAGCCAGAGACUAGAGUGAACAUUGGCAACAGUUCGACAUUUUCCAAGAAGAAAUGGACUUCUGCCGCUCAUCGCUCUACUGUUGCUGCCUCUCGCAAUUCGGCGGCAGCCUUACCGGUAGCGACAACUUAUCCUGGUACUCGCUCAGCUACUGUGAAAAAAACGAAAGUGGGCCUUACAUCUUCGUCUGAAUCAGCGAACACUGUUUCAAGGGAAGUAGCUGAUUCUGGCUUCGAGGCCAAGCCGACAGGUCACACCAGUCGCAUUAGCUCUCGUGCCAAGCAGGCGAUGCGAUUCAAGAAUCGUUCGCCACCUUUGCCUUCCACUUCUCAAAUCAUGAAUGUCGUCACAAGUGGGGACCAACUUCUUCAAGCAACAACAGAGCCGAAAAAGGAACUCCCAAAGGCAUCGAACAUUACCUCCGAGCGCGAUCAAAGGAAGUACAACAUUCAGUCUACAGAACAUGCAAAGCAGCCUUCACACGUCGUGCUGACAUCGGAUUCAACAAGCGUUACAUCUACGAUUUCGGGAAGCACCGGUCAGCGCCAGAAACCAACCCAAGCAACGACAAAGCAACAAGCAAGGCCCAAAAAUUUCCAGAUUGACACAGCCCUUUCCAUUAGUAAGUCUUCCUCUAAAGGCUCUGGAUCUUCUGGAGAUGAAGACUCGUUACGUGCUGGCAUUUUUUCGGUGGGGAAACAACAGGAGCCUUCUCGCCGUUUGACGGAACUGCGCCAGGUCUUGCACCGGCCACGUGUACACAACCGUGGAAGAACGCCGAAAAACACUGGGCCCAUGAAAAGUGUGUUUGACUUCUAUGAUGAAAAGAAAGUGGCUGAUCCGGUUGCCAGAGCUGGCUUGAGGCUUCUUUCAGGGUCUGUUGUCCCUAUUCAAGCGGCGGUUCGUCGCUUUUUGGUUGGGAGAAGACUGUUGACUCAAUGGUGGGCUGCCCUGGUUAUCCAAUCCCGCUACAGAGCGUACGCUCAGGAAAUGCGUUACGAAUCGCAACGAUACUGCGCGAUUCAAAUUCAGAGGGUUGUCCGAGGUAUGCUGGUAUGGCAACGCUUGUGCUUGGAGGACUACUGCGCAACUGAGAUACAGAGGAUUGUACGAGGACACCAGGCGUCGAUGAAGUGUUAUGCAGUGAUCUACAGUGUGACUGUUGUUCAAGCUCACUGGCGUAGACGACAAGCACAACGCGAGGCCAAUCGUCGGUACUUGUCUCUUAUCUACAUCCAGGCAUGGGCUCGGGGUACCAUGUGGCGUCAGACAUUGGAGCUCCAACACUUGUGCGCAACGGAGAUUCAACGUCAUGUCCGUGGUCACCAGGCAACGAUGCAAGUCUAUGAAGAGAUCUACAGAAUCACUGUAAUUCAGACCUUUGUUCGCCGAAAACAAGCAGUUGCCUUGAUGGACAGAAUGAGAAAGGAACGGGAUCAUUGGGCCUCAGUCACGAUCCAGCGUUAUGUCCGAGGUCAUUUGGCUAUGCUGUUUGCCUAUGAGGAGAUCUACAGAAUCACUGUAAUUCAGAACUUUGUUCGCCGAAAACAAGCAGUUGCCUUGAUCGACAGAAUGAGAAAGGAACGGGAUCAUUGGGCCUCAGUCACGAUCCAGCGUUAUGUCCGAGGUCACUUGGCUAUGCUGUUUGCCUAUGAGGAGAUCUACAAGAUUAUUGCUGUCCAGAGCUUCGUGCGUCAAAGGCAGGCCGUGGCCUUUGUUAACAGAAUAAAGCAGGAGAGAAAGCAGCGGGCUUGUGUAACAAUCCAACGCCAUGUUCGAGGUUACUUGGCUGUGUUGUACGUCUACGAAGAAAUCUACAAAGUAAUGAUUGUGCAAAAUCUUGUCCGACGCCGAAGAGCCAUCCAGCUAGCGUCGAAGCGAAUGAAUGCCUUGAUUCUCAUCCAGUCUCAGUGGCGAAUGUACCAAGUGCAAAGCUCCCUAAUGGAGCAAACCUUUGCUGCUGUUGAGAUUCAACGAAUUGUUCGUGGCUACCUAAGCACGAUGGUCGUCUAUGAAGACAUCUACAAAAUUACCGUCGUUCAGAAUUGCUGGCGAGCGGUUAAAGCUAGACGACAGGCAAUGGUGCGACGUCGACUUGCUCUCCUGGUUGGAACUGCUGCACGCGGAUACAUUGCAAGGAAAGACUACCAGUUCAAGCGGCAGAAAGCGAUCAUCAUUCAAUCCGCUUGGCGUUCAUUCUACUGCCGACUCCUUUACCAGUUCAAACUCAUUGAUAUUAUUGUCUUGCAGAGUCUGUGGAGACGGCGGUCGGCUUCCAAGUUUGUCCGCAAGAAACGCAGUGACUUGUUUCAUCAGAAGAGAGUUAACGCGGCUACGAUGAUCCAAUCCCAAUGGCGAUCAUUUUCUGCCGCUCUUUCCUACCUUCUCUUCUUGUCCAAUGUGAUCACGGUCCAAAGUGUGGUGCGCAGGUGGCUUGAUAUUCGGCGUGUUACAGCCUACAAGACAGAGUAUUCCUUACGAUUGCAACGGAUGGCCAGAGGGUUCAUUGCAAGGAGCCAAGCAAGUGCCAGAAUGUACCUCAUUGUAUCCCUUCAAAGCCUUACACGUGGGUUGCUUCAGAAAAGGAAAUAUUUGCACAUGCGCGCUGUCCGCAGGGAAACUGGUGCAAUUGCAAUCCAGAAAACUUGGAGAGGAUUUGUGUGCAGGGCUGACUACAUGUUCACCAUUGCAGAUGUUGUCAUUGUUCAAUCAUUGGCGAGGAAAUGGCGUGCAACUUUAAACGUCAACCAGCUAAGGGAGGAGCGCCAGCAUCAGCUUGAAGUCAAGUCAGCCACUAUGAUCCAGGCCCAAUGGAAGUCAUUUAGUGCUGCAAUGGCAUACUUGCUUUAUCUCUCCAAUGUCAUCACCGUACAAACUGUGGCACGGCGGUGGUUUGGUACACGACAUGUUACAGCCUACAAGACAGAGUAUUCCUUACGAUUGCAACGGGUGGCCAGAGGGUUCAUUGCAAGGAGACAAGCAAGUACCAGAAUGUACCUUAUUGUAUCCCUCCAAAGCCGUACGCGUGGGUUGCUUCAGAAAAGGAAAUAUUUGCACGUGCGCGCUGUCCACAGGGAAAAGGCUGCAAUUGCAAUCCAGAAAAUUUGGAGAGGAUUUGUGUGCAGGGCUGACUACAUGUUCACCAUUGCAGAUGUUGUCAUAGUUCAAUCUAUGGCGAGGAAAUGGCGUGCAAUUUUAAAAGUCACUCGGCUAAGGGAGGAGCGCCAGCAUCAGCUUGAAGUCAAGUCGGCCACUAAGAUUCAGUCUCAGUGGAGGUCAUUCAAUGCAACAAUGACGUACUUGCUGUAUCUCUCCAAUGUUAUCAUUGUUCAAAGUGUGGCUCGGCGUUGGUCUGGAAUACGGCAGGUUGGAGCCUACAGGACAGCAUAUGCCACACGGCUGCAAAGAGUUGCUAGAGGCUUCUUGGGCAGAACUAAUGCGCGCAGAAAGAUGAAGGCAGUUGUCUCGUUGCAAAGCUUCAUCAGAGGCUUCCAUCAGCAGAAGCAAUACCGUCAACUUCAGCAACAACGGCGAGAGAACGCUGCGAUUGUUCUCCAAGCAGCCUGGAGAAGCUUUGUGAGUCGCACUGACUACAUGUUUGCCGUUGCCGACAUUGUCAUCGUGCAGACGUUGGUGAGAAGGUGGUCAGCGAAGCGAUACGCGCAGCGACGACUAGAGGAACUCAAGCUUUGGGCUGCUGGUAUCAUUCAAGUGCGAUGGAAGCUCCACAAAAGCCACAUGGCAUUCCGACUCCUGCUGCAACAAAAUAAGUCUGCCAGAAUCAUUCAAGCAGGGUGGAGAAUGUAUUGGGACUGGUCAUCAUUCAUGAUUAGCUAUCAGAGCAUGGUUCUGAUUCAAGCCGCAGUGCGCGGUUUUUUGGUCAGGUGCAAGUUCUCCGAGUCCAUAUGGAAUGUGUCACUUCUACAAGCUAGGGCUCGUGGGUUCUUGGGAAGGCAGAAGGCGGCGGGAUUGAAGAUGGCCUCCCAUCAAAUCCGCCUGGCUGCAAAAAUUUCAGAAGAAGAAUCAUCAGCCGCCACUGCUCUUCAAUCUCGAUUCCGUUCUUUUGUCGCACGAGAUGUUUACGUGAAGUAUGUGUCUGCACGUAUGAUUCAGGCUGCGCACCGAGGACACACCGCGCUUAUCCGCUAUCGGGGUGAGAGGCAACGACUGCGAGAAUUUGAUUCGUCGUGCUGUAUCCAAUCCCACUGGAGGAAGUACAAAGCACAUGUUGCUUAUCUGAAACAAAGGCAACUAUUUCGUGCCGCUACAAAGAUCCAAGCUGCCUGGCGAGGAUUUCUGGAGUACACGGAUUACAUGUUUAUCAUAUGCGAUCUGAUCAGAUUCCAGAGUCUGGUUCGAUGUUUCAUUCAGCGGAAACGCUACCUCAAGAUGCGCGCAGAUCUUCAUUGUAGAUCUGCGACUGCUCUACAGACCAUGUGGCGGAGAUUCCAUGCGCGAACAGUUUACCAAGAAACCAUGGAAGAAAUCCUCAUAUCUCAGGCAUAUGUGCGGGGUUGGAUAGCUAGGAAGCGAUUCGGCACCGAGGUGAGGUUGAAGCGUGAGCAGGAAGCUGCGAGUGCUCUUCGCAUUCAGCAGCAGUGGAGAUUGAAGAGUGCUACAUCUAUGCUCAAGAAGCAUCGUUGUGCAAGGUCAAUCCAGAACUGUUGGCGAAUGUGUCGAGCUGAGAGAGAACUUGAGACGCUCCUUCUCGAGUAUGUGGCUGCAGCACGGAUUCAGGCUGCUUGGCGUGGUUUCCUUGCUUUUACCAACUACCUCUUCACGAUUAGCGACAUUAUCAGAGUACAAAGCUUGGCGCGGCGCCGAAAUGCACGGCGGGAAUUCCUGGCUUUGCACGAUGCCAUGGCCCAAAGCGCUGCGACGAAGCUUCAAACGCAAUGGCGAUGCUUCUUUGCUCGAAAGAAGUUCGUUCAUGCAAAGACCAGCGAAGCGGCCAGAAAGAUUCAACUUGCUUGGAGAUCCUACAAGGCUCGGGAACUUCUCGUCCUGAUGAUGGGCGAGUUUGUGGCUGCGUCUUUAAUCCAAGCAGCAUGGCGGGGACACAAAACCCGCCAUAAAUACAGGAUGGACCUGGCUGAAGUAAUCAAAGUGCAAACUUUGAUCCGUGGUUUCAUCGCCAGGAGAAGAUUCAAACAAGAAAGAUGCCACAAAUCGGUUGUGGUGCUGCAAAGUGUUUUUAGGGCUUGCCUAACAUGCAAACAGUAUCGCAGAAAUAAGACAAACAUUGUGGUCGUUCAAGCCCUUGCAAGAAGAUUGAUUUCAAAACGACUCAAGCAAGACCUUCAACACAACAAGAACAUAAAGUGCGCCAUGGUGUUGCAGAGGAAUUGGCGACGCCGCAAGUGCGAGUGCGAGUACCACCACACUCAGACCGACAUCAUCACCGUGCAAAGCAUCAUCAGACGCCGACUGGCACAAUUGAAAUAUGAAGCUUUCAUGUCGGAAAGGCGCGAUCAAGCUGCCAUUGUUUUGCAGAAAACAUGGCGUGGCUUCUCGGCAUACGCUGCGUUUGUUGUUGCCAUGUGUGACGUUAUUGCCAUCCAGAGCUGUGUUCGUCGCUUGAUAGCCAAAAGAGAAUUGAACCGACUGCGAUGCACGAGGGACAUGAACAGUGCACUAUCAAUUCAGAAAACCUGGAGGAUGUACUUCUGCAAGACGAACUACGACUUCAUCAUUACCGAUGUUAUCAGGGUACAAUCCCAGGCGCGGAAGUAUAUUGCAGCCAAAGAAUUCGCCAUCCGACGGCGCGAGCGUGAACACAAAUGCGCUACUGUCAUCCAGAAAUCGUGGAGAGCUUUUUACUGCAUGACGAACUAUGACUUUGUGCACGCGGAUGUUAUCAAAGCUCAGAGUCAAGUGCGAUCGUACCUUGCCAAGCAAGAAUUCUCGAAGCGAUUGCAAGUUCAACGGGCCGCCUCUGCUUGUCUCAUUCAAAAGAUUUGGCGUGGCUAUUUUGCAACCCUCUACUACGAAUUGGUUCGUAGCGACAUUAUACGGCUCCAAAGGUAUUGGCGUAAUGUGCUGCGAAAGAUGGAACGAGAGCAAGCUGAGCUCGAACGACGUAAUGCUUCAUCGAUCACUAUUCAGAGGACAUGGCGGGGUUACCUGAUUUACACAACUUAUGCCAUUCUCUACUCCGACGUCGUCAAGGUUCAAUCCUUAGCUCGUGCUCUCAUCGCACGACAGGUGUGCAAAGCCCGGAGAUCUGAGCGACAGAAUGGAGCAGCAACAAUUAUUCAAUGCACGUUCCGUGGAUGGACAGAGCGCAAAUAUACAGCUGAGAAGAAGGGAUCCAUUGUGACUAUUCAGCGCUGUUGGCGUGGAUACAAGGAACGUCUUGGGCUUUUCAUUGCGUGGGAAAAACACGUUGCACAAAUCAACCAUGCUGCAACUCAGGUUCAGAAAACCUGGAGGGGUUACCAACUGCAACAACAACACCUCUACACAGUCGGAUCAGUGAUUCAGAUCCAAAGUCUGUUCAGGAGGUAUUUGGCAAGGAGUCUCCAAGAACAACGACAGCUUGCAGCAAUCCAAAUCCAAGCAGCUCAAAGGAGGUUGAGCUGCCGAAUGAAGGUCUUGAAGCACCUUGCCAAUCUCUUGGCCCACUCGGUACGAAAUAACCCUGCACCACCGGCAGCCUUGACAAUCCAGUGCGCGUGGAGAAAUAUGCGUCUGCAGAAGAGGAUCCAUUGUAGGAUGCUCGAAAUGCGGGCCAUUAGGGAAUUGGCAGCCAUUCGAAUCUCGUCUUUCUUUAUGAUGGUCCACGGCGUUCGGGUUGUCGAGAAAAUGAGAGUAUUGGAGGCGAAACAAGAGGCGGCUACAACGAUCCAAUUGUGGUAUCGUGUUGCUAGUAGAGUUCGCAACAGGCGACGUGCCCGGGCUGGACGUAAGAUUCUCAAAUUCCUCAAGUUGGUCAAGGAAGAAGUCGAUCGAGCAGUGAGGGCAGAGGUCAAGAAACGAAAGUUCCGAAACAAAAUGAGAAACAGGACGAAGGAGUUUGACGAUGAGAUGCUCGAGACAGCAUGGUUAAAGGUUGACGAAACUGAACCGAGACGCCAGCCCUCGAGGAAGUCAAGGUCAACCAUUCAUCGUUCAAAUUCGAUUUCGUCUGACCUUUCGUUUGACGACGAUGAAGCUUAUGCUAUGAUGGAAGCGUCAGUUCGCAGCAGCCGCACGUAUUCUCAUUCUCAUCGUCGUGGGGGUGAUGAUGGAAGCGUCCAUGGAAGCGUCCAUCCAGGGGAUUAUGAACGGUCUGAAGACCCGUACCACUUUGACAAGUACGGACCUCCUCGUGUAACCAGGUCUGGCUCUAUGCGAUAUGACGAGGAAGUUUUAGUUGCAAGGCACCCACCGCCAAUUGGUAGGAGAAGCAACCCACCACUGCCACCUCCAGUGGCUGUUAUGCCAAGGUAUCCCAAUCACAAUGACUACUAUGUGAUCAGUGCCAAUGACUACUACGACAUGGCGCCGGCUCCUUCCGCGUACAGAUUGCCACCACCUCGUAUGAAGAGGUUCAGUCACCAGCAGAUUGAACAAGACUUAUCGCUUGAAGAGGCCUACCUUGAUAUGGAGAUUAACGAAGCCAAGGAGAGGAGAAUGGCCGACAAGCUGAUGAAGCAACAACAGAAACGAUCUCGAUCAAGAAGCCGUAACAGAUCGAGUAGCAGCAGCGCCAGCGUGAAAUCAAGCGGUGGGAGUAGCGUGAGAUCCAGUAGCAGGGCCAGGUCAGGAUCCCACCAACCUUCUUCCACAAGAUCCAGCAGCAAGCUUCGAUCCAGCAGCACUGUACGAUCCAGCAGCACUGCACGAUCUGUCAGCCACAGCCACAGCAGCCAUGUCAGAUCCAGCAGUGCUGUUAGAGGAGGGUCCCGAUCCAGCAGUUCUGUCAGAGGUGGUUCCAGUCGACCCCGUGGAGGUGGGAGCGAAUACCAUGGCUCUAUCCCACGAGAUCGAGAUGGUUCGCGACGGGGCAGUCGAAGUCAUGCCGCCCCAUUGAGAAUGGAUGAUAGGAGGAGAGGCGAUGGCAUGUGA